CACCAAAUAAGAAGAUAACUGCUCUUUGUUUCUCCUCCAGAAGAUCUCUGAGACUGAGGAACAUCUCAUCUCCAUUCUGUAUAUCAAUCUUCAUCUUCAUGUCGUUCAUAUUCAUCAGUAUCUGACCAGGUCUGAUCUGUAAACAUCUCUAAAAGAACCACCAACCUUCUGCUCUGGGAUCGAUCUUCUGUAAUGGAGUCAUCAGAAGAAAGUCCGUGUUCAUCAGGAAAAUCUCCACACAGUUCUGAUCCUGAUCCCUCACAGGUGGGUGAGGACGUGGAUUCAGGAACUUGUAUCACUUCUGAUGAAGAAACAUCAGCUUCUGAGGGACCGGUCACUCCUGUGGGUCAGCAGAAUCGACAGUUCCUGAAGACGCCUAUAAAAGCUGAACUUGAUGAUGAGGAUUAUAUCGGUGCAGGACCGUCGACCUCCGUGGAGCAGCAGAACGAAGGACUGCAGAUCGUCAAAGUGGAAGAACUUGAAGAUUAUCUCUACUGUGAGGAGUGCAAAUCCUUCUUCAUCAACAAGUGUGAGGUUCACGGUCCACCUGUCUUCAUCUCCGACACCCUCGUACCCAUGGGGGUCGCCGACAGAGCCAUACAAACCCUGCCCUCUGGUCUUGAGGUUCGGGAGUCCGGUAUUUCUGAUGCGGGUCUGGGGGUGUUUAAUAACGGAGAGACGGUUCCGGUCGGGGCACAUUUCGGACCCUACGAGGGAGAACCGGUGGACAGAGAGCAGGCCAUCAACAGUGGGUACUCCUGGCUGAUUUACAACAUCAGCGACGGUGAGGAGUACAUCGACGCUAAGAAGGAGACGCAUGCUAACUGGAUGAGGUACGUGAACUGCGCCCGGACCGAUGAGGAGCAGAACCUGGUGGCGUUCCAGUACCGAGGGGGGAUUUAUUACCGGUGCUGUCGAGCCAUCGAACCGGGGAAGGAGCUCCUGCUGUGGUACGAGGAGGGGUACGCCGAAGACAUCGGCAUCACGUUCGACUACAUCUGGAACAAGAAGAGCUCUUCAAAUGAAAAGAACAAAGCCUUGUCGCGAGCCUUUCUCUGCUCCCUGUGUCCGCUUUCCUGUACGUCCCAAAAUGGCCUCUACAAACACAUCAAGAGAUGCCACCAUGAGAGAUCGGGAGAGACUGAAUAUCACACUCCCGUACCCACAACAAGCUUCAGUGGUCAUCAAGCAUUGACUGGCGUGCUCAGCGAUGACACCUUUAAUGGGCGAGUACAAAGCGAUGUUCACCAGGUGUUGGAUUGUGUGGCGGAUUUUACCAAACAGGUUCAGCUUCAACUACACCAGCGCAUUCACAACUGCUCACACUGUGGAAAGACUUUCAGUCGUGAAGAUCAUCUCCAGCGGCACGAGCGUGUCCAUACGGGAGAAAAGCCGUUCCACUGCUCGGACUGCGGGAAGAGUUUUAGCGGUAGAGGAACUCUUCAACGACACCAGCGCAUUCACACUGGCGAAAGGCCGUACCAUUGCUUGCAGUGUGGGAAGAGUUUUGGUCGGGAGUAUACUCUCCAGCUACACCAGCGCAUUCACACAGGAGAGAAACCGUAUCCCUGCUCGCUGUGCGGGAAGAGGUUCACCCGACAGUGCGACUUCAAAGUGCACCUGCGCAUUCACACCGGACAGAAGCCGUACCACUGCUCACGGUGCGGCAAGAGCUUCAAUAACAAGAGUAAUCUCCAACUGCACGAGCGCAUCCAUACCGGAGAGAAGCCGUACCAGUGCUCACAGUGUGGCAAGAGAUUUACUCAGCUGGAUCAUCUCAAGGUCCACCAGCGCCUUCACACCGGACAGAAGCCGUAUAAUUGUUCCUACUGUGGGAGGAGUUUUACUCAGUUGGGUCACCUUCAGUCGCACCAGCGCAUUCACACAGGAGAGAAGCCGUACUAUUGCUCGCAGUGCGGAUGCAACUUCACGCAUUCAAAGUCACUCAAGAAGCACAAGUGCACAAACCCGGAGCGGACGGACAUGGAACCGCUGAGCGAGUUUUCCACUCAAGAAAGCACCACUGACCACAGUAGAAAUGUGUAUCGAGGUCAGAUAAAUCAGUAUUCCAGACAUUUUUUUUUAAAGAAAUUAAUGCAGUGUGCUCCAGACUCAAAGACAAAAAGGACCAUUCAGACCUUUAUUAGUAGUUCGAUUAACAGUGUUGCUAGGCAGUGCGGCAAGAGCUUCACCAAAAAGGGUUCCCUCCAGGAGCACCAGCGCGUUCACACGGGGGAGAAGCCGUAUCAGUGCCCGCGCUGCGGCAAGUGGUUCAACCGGCAGAGCUCUCUCAUAACGCACCAGCGCAUUCACACCGGAGAGAAGCCCCAUCAGUGCUCGCAGUGUGCCAAGCGCUUCACUCGCCAGAGCUUUCUCGAGUUGCACCAGCGCAUUCAUACGGGAGAGAAGCCCUACCACUGCUCGCUGUGCGGGAAAAAUUUCACUCGGCAGGGUCACCUGAGACUCCACCAGCGCAUUCACACCGGAGAGAAGCCGUACAAGUGCUCACAGUGUGGGAAGAGUUUCACCCGGCAGAGCAACCUCCUCACACACCAGCGCAUUCACACCGGAGAGAAACCCUAUUAUUGUUCCAAGUGUGGAGGCAGCUUUACUUAUUUAGUAACGCUUAAGAAACACAAGUGUGCCGAGACCAAGGCGUCAAAAAUGAUCAACACCAUGUUGCAAGUCUUCUCCUGCUCCUUGUGUCCACUGUCCUACACGUCCCAAAAUUGCCUCCACAAACACGUCAGGAGGCACCACUACGACCAGUAUAAAGCGCUGGUGAAGUCAGAAGAAGUCGACGAGAACCUGAUGCCCGUGAGGAGCUCCGGUCGUCAGCAAACCUCCUCUGGUGCUCUCGGCCCUGACGCCUCCCGCAAACCGAAGCAGAAGAAGAAUCACCUCUGCUCGGAAUGUGGGAAGAGCUUCAUGCGGAACAGGUACCUCAGACUGCACAUGAGCACUCACACCGGAGAGAAGCCGUACCAGUGCUCGCAGUGUGGGAAGAGGUUCACUCGCAGAAGCUCCCUCACGCUUCACCAGCGCAGUCACACCGGGCCCACGCCCUACCGCUGCUCACAGUGCGGGGAGAGUUUCGCCAGGCACUAUCACCUGUUACUGCACAAGCAGGUUCACACCGGGAAGAUGCCGUACGACUGCUCGGAGUGCGGCAGGAGCUUUAUCAACAGCGCUCGCUUCGAGAGGCACCAGCGCACUCACACUGGAGAGAAGCCGUUCCCCUGCUCCGUGUGCGGGAAGAGCUUCUCGCUGAAGGGUUCUCUCCAGCAGCACCAGUUCAUUCAUACGGGAGAGAAGCCGUAUCAGUGCUCGCACUGCGGGAAGAGGUUCAACCGACAGAGCUCUCUCAUCACGCACCAGCGCAUUCACACCGGAGAGAAGCCCUAUCAGUGCUCGCAGUGUGGCUGCAGUUUUCAUCGUCAGAGUGCUCUCAGUAUCCACCAGCGCAUUCACACUGGGGAGAAACCUCAUCAGUGCUUACAAUGUGGGAAGAGUUUUAAUCAGCUCAGUGAUCUUAAAGAACACCAGCGCAUUCACACUGGAGAGAAACCGUAUCAGUGCUCACAGUGUGGGAAGAGUUUUCAUCGUCAGAGUGAUCUCAGUAUCCACCAGCGCAUUCAUAGUGGAGAGAAACCGUAUCAGUGCUUAGAGUGCGGGAAGAGCUUUAAUCGCCAGUGUCAUCUUAAAAUCCACCGGCGCAUUCACACUGGGGAGAAACCGUAUCAGUGCUCACAGUGUGGGAAGAGCUUUAAUCAACAGAGUCAUGUCAACAUCCACCAUCGCAUUCACACCGGAGAGAAACCACAUCAGUGCUCACACUGUGGGAAGAGCUUUAAUCGUCGGAAUGUUCUCAAAAUUCACCAGCGCAUUCACACUGGAGGGAAACCAUUCCAUUGCUUAGAAUGUGGAAAGAGUUUUAAUUCAGAAAACAAUCUUAAACUUCACCAGCGCAUUCACACCGGAGAGAAACCGUAUCAGUGCUUACAGUGCAGGAAGCGCUUCAAUUAUCACGGUGAUCUCAAAAGACACCAGCUCAUUCACACGGGAGAGAAACCGUACCAGUGCUCACAGUGCGGGAAGAGCUUUAGUUAUCACUGUGAUCUCAAAACCCACCAGCGCAUUCACACAGGAGAGAAACCGUAUCAGUGCUCAGAGUGUGGAAGGAGUUUUAAUCAUCAGGGGGAUUUUAAAAGACACCAGCGCAUUCACACUGGAGAGAAACCGUAUCAGUGCUCAGAGUGUGGGAAGAGCUUUAAUCAACAGAGUGAUCUUAAAAGACAUCAGCGCAUUCACACUAGAGAGAAACCUUUUUAGUGCUUAGAUUUAGAUAGAGUUUUUCUAAAAGACACCAGCACACUGAGCAUGUGCUCUGAUCAUGGACUGACGUAUAAAUUGCUUUUAAUUGGGUGUGUAGGUGGGUGUGUGUGGGAGUGGUACCUAAAGAUGGAUGAAUGUAUUACUUUGUUAUCUGCUGUGGGAUGGAUUUGGAAUUAAGUGGAGACUGUUAUAGCCUAUAAUCUGUAUAUGAUGAAACA